AAUAGGCGCGGCCAUGUUGGUCUGUAGUGAAUAAAAAUCAUUCUAAAUUAUUGCUUUUACCAAACUAAAACUGACACAAUAUGCCCAAAUGCGACCUCAAAACGAGAUACAUCCCCGCGACUUUCGCCUGGACCUUACUAUUGGGCACAACGUCCCUGUUUUUUUAUUUUCCUUGCCAAUACUAUCUGCACAAACACCCAUGGGUACCAGCAUAUCAAGGUGUCAUAACAUUUUUUGUUUUGGCCAAUUUUACACUGGCCACUUUCAUGGACCCGGGGGUGAUACCAAAAGCCCCACCUGACGAAGACCGCGAGGAUGACUUCCGUGCGCCGCUGUAUCGCAGCGUGGAGAUAAAUGGUAUAACGGUUCGGAUGAAGUGGUGCGUCACCUGCAAGUUUUACCGACCGCCGCGCUGCUCGCACUGUUCUGUCUGCAAUCAUUGUAUAGAGACAUUCGAUCACCACUGCCCGUGGGUGAACAACUGCAUAGGUCGGCGGAACUACAGAUUUUUCUUUUUCUUUCUUAUUUCACUCUCCAUACACAUGCUGAGCAUUUUUGGCCUCAGCCUGUACUACAUCAUGAACCACAACAAAACGCUCACACAGGUCGAGCCCAUUGUGUCAAUGGUGAUAAUGGGUAUAAUAGCCCUUCUAGCGAUACCGAUAUUUGGUUUAACGGGUUUCCAUAUGGUGCUAGUGUCGAGGGGAAGGACGACGAACGAACAGGUGACGGGCAAGUUUACGGGCGGAUACAAUCCCUUCUCAAAGGGGUGUUGGUCCAAUUGUUGUUAUACGCAGUUUGGACCGCAGUAUCCUAGCCUUGUCCGGCCAUCAAAGUACCUGUACAAGAGCAGUAAGAAGCGACGCGAAAUGACCGCGAUGAACGCGGGCAUAGCGACUAUAGCGUCCGGCGCGCAGGUAAAGACGUAUACGGCGGACAACGGGGCCGCGCAUCGCCAACUCGGCGCGCACGCGCACUACAAUAAGCUGUCUCCCGGGCGCGACGAGCACGAAGGUGAGAUGGAGGGCCCCGGGGCCUCGCAGUCAGCGGAUUGCGAGCCGACGCCCCCGCCCCUGCAGCGACGGGGCUCCUCGGCCAACUUGUUCCCGGAGCCCCACCAUCAUUUGCCACCGCGGCCACACCACUAUCCGCGGUUGAGUCCGCUCUCUAGGAAUACUAGUCACGGUGGUACAACCACAUCAGGUUACCGUGUGGUGAUGGAGCCUCUCCGCUACGACCCGGGCUCCAAUGGUGGGGCCAGGCCCUCCCCUACAAUGCAGCAGCGGAUUAAAGCUCUCGGCGUGCCCACGCCUUUAGCGCUCAGUAGUCCUGUGCGCAGGUCCAACCCGGGCACGCCCACGCAGCCGCGCCGGCCUGACUUCAUCGGGGUGCGGGGCUCGCCGCAGCGGAGGUUCCUCUCCGAGGGCGAGCUGUUGCGUGACGCGGAGGACAUUCGCGAGCUGGCCGCUUCCCCGCAGCGCGGCGGCUACACGUGGGCCGACCGCGCCCCACCGCACGCCCCGCACCCUUCGCACCCCACCCUCCCACACCCCGCGCCCUCGCCCAUGGCCCGCCGCCGCGCGCCUCACUCGGCGGUGCCGCGACCUACGCGCCCCCUUUCCUUCGUCCGGGCCCUCGAGGUGCAGGAGCAGCUCGAACGCACGCAGCAGCCCGAGCCCCCCGAUCGUGCCUCGGUCUACGACUGCAACUACGAGAUCUCCGUCUGAAACCUCCGCGUGGGACAGUGUUAACCCAAAGACAGCGCACAAUGGAUGCGGUCAUGCCAUAUGCCAUGCGAUGUGUGUGAGAUUUAUUUGUACAUAGCGUUGUGAAUUCGACAUAAUAUCAUAGUAUAGAUUGUGUAUUUAUUUAUUCCAAAUUUUUGACUUUGUAUCGGUAACGUUACGAAUGCGUAUCGAUAAUAAAGUUUGUGAAUAACACACUGAACCCUUGUGAUAGUGUCGGAAAAUCUUAUAUUGUAUCGAUAAAAGACUCGGCAACCAAACGAUAGUGUGAAUUGAUAAUAUAUGAGUAAUAUUUAUAUUGUUUAUAAAAAUCGGUACGAUUCGAGAACUUGCGAACCAUGCGUUCGCCAAACAGCUAUUAUGAGAAAUGUGCCAAAUAUUAUGUAGAUGGAUUGUUGGGCCCGAUAUUUCUUCAAUCGUUUAAGCGUGUUAAUUCAAAUUUUCCUUGCAUCUGAUACGAUUUUUGAGAUCUCGUUCCGAGUUAUUUACGGCCCACAGAAAGUACUUAGAUGUUUUGUGAAUGAACGCAUGUUUAUUUGACGUAUCUUAUAAGAUGAAAGAUAAAUAAAAUAAGAAUAUUGUUUGCUUUAGCGGUAGAUAGAUGAGAUUAUAUAUUGUAAAUAAUAUAUUUAUGAUGACAGUACGAUACGAUUUGUUCAAUGUACAUAAUACGUAAUAAAAGGCGAAAUUUAAAUCGAAAGUAUUACAUAUAUAUUUAUAUGCCUUGAUGUACAGUCACCGAUUUAUUUAAGAUUGUAAAUAUACUUAAGGAUGUAAAUGAGUUUUCGUUGAUUGCUAUGUAAAAAUUUGUUUAUGGUGCCAGUAUCGAUUUUCCUAUUUGACAUAUCAGUAGCGCCUUUUCAACAACUGUCAUCUGUCACACAACUUUACUUGCGUGACAGAUGACAGUACUAUUUGAAUGUACCAGUUGUCAUUACACGAUAAACGAAGUGCUAAAUAAUACUGUGGUGUGUUGAUAAAUCGCCGGUACGAUUUUAAUUUGCAGAGAAAUAGUUUUCGGCCUAUCAAAUUUUUAUUUAGUAUGUUUCUUUACAUUCCGCAGUGCAGUUUUCUUACUACUAAGAUGAUUUUAAAACUUAAAGCUAUACAAUAUUUAGAAUUUAGCAGAUGUACUUAAACCGUGUGUAAAUUUAAUGUCUAAGAUGCAUUUUCUCACAAAUUUUUUCUUAGUCUGAUGAGACCAUAAUACAUUUCGAGCAAUAAUUAAAAUAAGUUAUAAUAUGGGCAUUGACCUGACAAAGAAACUGAAUGUAAUCACCUCAUGACAAAAUAUGAUGUAGGUCUUCAAUAAUAGCGUUAUCAGAGACUAUCGAAAGUUUGGAAGUUACGUGGUGGACUUGCAUGUCAUUGCCACAUGUAAGUGGCAUUAUAAGGCAGUUCUAUCACUCAUUGUAAUUCUUUUGGAGACUUGGAAAGUGCAUCGCAAGUUUUCUGUAAUAAUUUGACUAUUGGUUAAUAGGAUAUAAAUUCUAAAGUUUUAAACGGUGAAGUUACCACUGGUCUUCAUAAAAGUACUAUAUUUAAAGGCCGGCAACGCUGGGUGCCUAAAAAUAAGUGUCUAUGGGCUGCGAUGACUGCCCUUUUUGGGCGUUCCGCAGUCUCGUUUGCCCCCCUAUUAUAUAAAAAAAGUGCAAUUUUACUUUUAUUAACCUUCAAGUGAUGUGUCAAUACAUUUUUUACUUCUCACUUAGUGUGAUGCUAAUCAUAGCCAGCCAAGCAUUCCCCCUAGAACCAAUUUCAAAGGCCGCUAAAUAUCAAAUAGAUUUUUAUGUACACUCGGUUUGAAAGUUAAUUUUAAAUAUGAAUUAAAAUUACAUUUCAAUAGUAUAAAAUUUCGACCUUGGAGAUUUUUGAUAUCUCAUGAUUGGAGUUUUUAUAAAUUGAGUAGAAUUGAGCGUUUUUUUGUAUAACUUAGCUUCAAGAAAUGCACGCCUAAGGAGCCCCCAGGACAUCUUGAUUUCUCCUAAAUUUGGAGGGAAAACACCCGAGGUGGCAUCACUGACUCAGCCAUUACGUUUAUGUGCUAAUUAUUCUUCAUCAGAAAAAAAUACAUCAACACUUGAAGCGUGUUUACCAAGCCUCAAAUACUUGACAUAUAUGUUUAUUGUCAAACUAACUGUCACUUAUCACCCAUUUGACGCGUAUAGUACAUUUAUGAAUGACCGUUAGAUUUUAUUGGAGAGGAUUAUUAUUAAAGACGUGGUUGAGAAUUUAUGACUUAACGUGUGGCUAGAGUUCUAUAAUAUUAAAAUUCAACUGCUAACAUGACGUAUAAAACUAAGAAAUUUGCUUUUUGUAAUCUAUAAAUUAUCUCUAUUAAAUGUUCCCUGUCAAAAGUUAUUUGACGUGUGUCAUUUCUGAUUGUUGAAUUGAUAUACUUCGAAUAAACCAAUGAGAAGCGAGUCUGGGAUACUUUGAGGUUUAAUACAAGUCUUAAUUCUGAUGUUCACGGUUUAAAAAGAAAGCUCUCAAAACUUUUUCUGUAAUAAUGUAUGUCUUAUUGAGUAAAUCUUUAAUCUUUGUAAAUAUUUGAAUAAAAAUGUAUGUAAGAGGACGAUUAAGUCUGCUUCAGUUAAUAAAUUGCAUUAAAAAAGGCAUAUUACCAACUCUUGAAAAUGGGAAACCCUUACGGCCAUUUAUACGACGUGGUUUAAAGUAAGUCUGAUACUUGUAACCAUGGUUACCAUUACUUUAUUUCAAACAACAUCGUCACCAUGGUAACAAACACGAUUCUAACCCAAACAAAAUUCAAAAACGUGACCGCGUUAAGUCUGCCGUAAAAUGUAUUCAAUUUGACAUGUCGGACUUAGUUCGCGCUAAGUUUCGACGUCAGUAUCUCACACUAACUUUACGUUUAAAAGGCUAAUGUAGAGAGUUGUACAUCAGAAUGUAAGUCUCGAAAAUUUUCAUAAUGUCUUCUUGCUUAUUCACUUGGCGUUACAUAUAAAAGGUUAUAACGUUUCCUUAAAUGGUAUGUUGUUUAAUGUUUAUUUAAGUAAUGCGUGUUGUUAUUUUGUCCAUAAAAUUUAAGUUAGGUGGUUAUUUAGCUCAAAGUGUGGUUGAACAGUUAGUACUGCUAUGUACCAUGCAGUUGACUAAGACUAAUGUGUAUAGUACCUCCUGAAAAAUCGUUAUUACCUACGUGUACGUGACAGUGUUUUAUUUUUGUAUUUUGAUAAAAUUCGUGUAAAUAAUUUUCUUAUUUUAUUGAUAUUAAACUCAAUUAAUCAAU